UAAAAAGAACAAAGAGGGGAAAUUAAUCAAAUAAAGCAAAAGUUUUAAAUUGUCACAGAAAGUUGGACUUGAAAUGACUGAACUGACAUUUUGAUUUAAUUUCAGAUUUGAUGAUUUUGUUGGAUUUUAUGUCAGAAACUUGAGUUUGGAGUGUUUUUAACUGGGAGCUGUCUGAACCGUCCAACAAUAAACUCUUACAGGACGUGUUGUCCUCUGUCCCUCAGACUCUCUGCUGUCUCCUCUGAGCAGGAAGUGAGAUGUAAAAACAUWAAGCCUACAGGUGUAUUAAAAUAAAACUGGCCACAGAUAAACUGGAACAAUGGCAGCUUUCACCUCAGAGCCACGCCUGACGGAAACAGUCAAAUGAGGCUGAGCUGCUUCCUGUGGACUCAGAUGUGAGAGGGCCCAGCAUGGAGCUGCUGCUCCAGCACUGCUGCUGCUGACAGUGAGUCCAGGUGAGUCCAGGUGAGUCCAGGUGAGGCCAGGUGAGGCCGGAGGCAGAAGAUGUGUUAGAAGAUAAAAGUCUGGGCAGUUUUCUCAUCCGCCUCAGUGAUAAAACCAUCGGCUACAUCCUGUCCUACAGGGGCCACGACAGGUGCCGUCAUUUUGUCAUUUCCCAGAAUCCCCAGGGWCAGUUUGUCAUUGGUGGAGACAGUCAGGUGUUCAGCUCCCUGCUGGAGCUGAUCGAGCACUACAAGGUCUGCCCCAUCCAACCGUUCGGAGAGUUCCUGACCUGCACCAGCAGCCAGGUUCUGCCUCCGGUUCCAAAGCGAGGGAUCCCUCUGGGGUUCUCUCUGAGUGGAUCUUUACCCGACACGACAUCUUAUCCAGGAGAAACCCAGACCAGGUCCAACACCCCACAGAGACCCCCAACAGGCCCAAAGCCCGCCCCCAGCACAGACUCCUUUAACCCGUCAGACUCUAGAAGUCCUGAUGUGAGUCAGGCGGAGAGCCGGAGCCAGUCCCUGCCUUACCUCGGCAGCAGCACCAGUGACGAGGACGACCACUGCAACCAGUUAGGUGUCCUCUUCAUCACACCCUCCUCUUCACCAAAGAGGGUCACCUGCCAGACCUACUCCAUCCACGCUCCCCCCGAGGCUCUGACAAGCUCCAGGCCAGAGCAGCCGAGCGAYGAGCUGGAAGGUGAAGAUGUGAGGACCAACCCGCUGUACCAGUCCUCUGAAGCCCCCAGGGGGGGUCCAGCACAGCAGGGGGACAGGAUGUACUCUGAAGUUCCCCAGGAUCCGCCCAGGCCGACCGAUGACACGUACGAGCUGAUCCCUGGAGAGGUGUCCCCGGUCCAGAACAACACGUACGAGUCUGUGGACGACAUGAAGGCCAAGAAGCCUAAAAGCACCUGGGGCAAAAGUAAUUUAAAAUGGAAGAAUUUCAUGAAGAAGUAAAAGCAACGACUCAUCUCAACUUCUUCUGGACUUUUUCCUUUUCUUUCCUCAAAGA